UUUGACUUAGCGUUCACCGGAAGCUGCGGUAGCAGUAUCUGAGGGGGGAAAAAAACAUACACAACGAUGGAGGGGAGUGAUGCAGGUGGACGAACAGCCUGGAAGGCCAGGCCAGUUCAGAAGAACAAGAUGAGUGUAAAUAUUCUUCGGCAAGAAGAGCUGAUUGCGCAGAAGAAAAGAGAAAUCGAAGCAAAGAUGGCUGAACAAGCAAAGAACAGUUUGCAGGCUCCCAGAAAGCCACUUCCCCCAAGCUGUCCAAGUUCGCAGGGUCCCUCUUCCAACAAAUUUUCCAACGAUGGCAGCUUCCUGCAGCAGUUUUUGAAGAUGCAAAAGGAGAAAUCGAGCUCGGACCCUGGGUCCAACAGCGAGUCCAGAGGUUCGGCUGGCACUGUCCCGGGACCGUCCUCGGGGGCCGCACUGCCCCAGAAGAAGAGCAUCCUGAUCGGGAAAAGGCCCGGGUUGGGCAUCAGCAGCAUGCUCAGCCAGUUCAAGAACUACUCCCAGGCGAAGAAGACUCCGCCCCGCCCCCCGCGGCCCAGUAUCUUCCUCUCGCCCGACGACGAAGACGAGGAAACCGACGAUUCACAUUUCCUGGAGGUGAAAGUUUCCCCCCCAGAGGACCCCGAGGUCCGCAUCAUCCUGGACAAGAUGGCCGUGUUUGUGGCGGAAGGGGGGCCUGAGCUCGAGAGGAAGGCCAUGGAGGACUACAAAGACAACCCCGUUUUCUCGUUCUUGUAUGAUAAAAAUAGCCGGGACUAUCUGUACUACAGAAAGAAAGUUGCCGAAAUACGAAAAGAGAACCCCAAACUGGAGACGCCCUCACGCCUCACUGUCUCCCCCCCAGUGGACGAGGAGACGCAGCGAGUGGCCGAGAAGCUGGCCAGGUUUGUGGCGGAUGGCGGGCCGGAGGUGGAGGCCAUCGCCGCCCAGCACAACCGGGACAACCCAGCGUUCAGGUUUUUGUACGAGCCCAAUAGCGCGGCUCACCGCUUCUACCGAAACAAGGUGGAGGAGUUCCGCCUGGGGUCGCAGAGACAGAGCCCCCCGCCCCCGGCCCCCAGAGACCCCCCCGCGGCGGGGCUGAAGAGACGGCCGCCGCCCCCCGCCCCCGCGCACCAGCUCAGCCCCUCCGAUCGGGCUGCCCCGCCCGCGCAGGCCGGCGACGCCGCGCCCGCCAUGCCCGCCGCCGCCGCCGCCGCCAAAAGGAAGAGGAAGAGCCGCUGGGGUUCCGAAGACGACAAAGUGGACCUCCCCAUCCCGCCCAUCAUCAUCCCGCCGGAGGCCGAGCCGGAGCCGGACACCCCCUCCCUCUCCGUUCAGGAGCUGAGGGGGCUGGGUUACAAGAAGGGCAAGCCCGUGGGGCUGGUGGGGGUGACCGAGCUGUCGGAGGAUCAGAAGAAACAGCUCAAAGAGCAGCAGGAGAUGCAGGAGAUGUUCGACAUGAUCAUGAAGCACAAGCGGGCCAUGCAGGAGAUGCAGGUGAUGUGGGAGAAGGCGGUGCGGGACCACCAGCACGAGUACGACAGCGACGAGGAGGUGGACCAGGACGGCACCUGGGAGCACCGCCUGCGGCAGAUGGAGAUGGAGAAGACCCGGGAGUGGGCGGAGCAGCUGACUGAGAUGGGAAAGGGGAAGCACUUCAUCGGGGACUUCCUGCCUCCCGACGAGCUGGAGAAGUUCAUGGAGACCUUCAAGGCGCUGAAAGAAGGCCGCGAUCCGGACUACUCUGAGUAUAAGGAGUUCAAGCUGACGGUGGAGAACAUCGGCUUCCAGAUGCUGAUGAAGAUGGGCUGGAGGGAGGGGGAUGGGCUCGGCUCGGACGGACAGGGAAUAAGGAACCCUGUCAACAGGGGCACCACUGCAGUGGACGGCGCAGGCUUUGGAGUAGACCGCCCCGCGGAGCUGAGCGGGAACGAUGACGAGUACGAUGCUUUCCGCAAGAGGAUGAUGCUGGCCUACCGCUUCAGACCAAACCCCUUGAACAAUCCGAGGAGACCAUACUACUGAGCGAGGCAGCCAGACACAGGUCACAUGAUUUAUUCUCUCUUUCCGAAUCGUCCGACGUCCUCGUCGAGGGCGGAGGAAGACGUUCCAGCUGAAGAUGUUCCGAGCGAGCGGAACCACAGGCUUUUUCUGCGUCCAGUGCAUUCAGAUCCCCCCCCGGAUAGCAACCGUUUUAGUGUCCUUUGUGAAAACACACCUGAUACAUGAAUCAUGGGCGAUGAGGUGGAAGCCAGCCCCUUUGCUACACCCGCGUUAAAAGGGCCAGUGAUAUCUCUCAUACACCAAGUGCUGCAUAUUUAUAGCGGUUUUUGUGCUGAGCUGAGUUAGAUCAGCGCAUCACUCAGUGCACACACUGAGGGCCUGUUUUUGACAGUAACGUCUGCAAUCUGAACACUGAAUUCAAUUCACUUUGUGUCGUUUCUGUCCAGAGCAUUUUCCAAUCACUGCUAAUCCAAAAAGCCAACGGCCGAAUGGUGUGUGUUCCUUCAUUUUAAUUUUUUAAACAAUUAAUCCUUUUUAUGUGGAUUUAAGAGUUUUUUGCGGUUUCAUUGUUGUUAACAGUAUUCAGGGCUUGUAACUACCAAACCGAUUUAAUGGACACAAAAUGAGUUUGUUUCGGUGUCCUUUUACAAGUGCGAACAUUAUUCAUGUGUCAAGUUUGUUUCAAAUAAUACGUAGAAGCUAAGAAUAUGAAAAUUCUUUCCUGUUAAUAAAGUCUCACGUGUGUCUGACUUUC